AUCCUCGUUGUUUAUGCUCCUCUAGGGGCUUGUUUAAUUACUAUCUCUUGUGUUCUUCAUGUUUUACAAUGUUGAUUGCUGCGAUGGUUGAUUAAGUGACUUGUCUCUCAUCUGAUAUGGGAUGUGCUCUGUUUUCUUAUUUUGUUAGCUUUUCUUGGUCUCCUUUCUUUGUUCUUCUCCUUUCUUUGUUAGAUGUUUUGGCCUGCGAGCGAGUUUGCCAGCUUCCAGCAUUCCCUGUUCACAUCUUGGCAGGAUUGCAGGGACAACCUUUGUCUUCUUGCUAAUGAUUCCACACGGACUUUUGUAUUUAUGUGUUCUAAUAAUUGUGUUUCAUGCUCUAUUGAACCAGCAGAUGGUGAACCAACUGAUUUUUUGUUUAGAAAGUUCAUUUUCAUCUAUGUUCAUGUGGAUUCAUUUUUCCCUUGGAUGUAAAUUAUUGCAUUUUGAUCUUGUUUUGUUUUCUUUCCAUAUAUGUUUUUAAUGUCAUAAAGGGAUGAUAAGAAUGUUUGAUUAAUCUAACGUUUCCAUUUUGUUUUCUAACCUUUGUCUUGGAAGAAACGCAUGAGAAUAAAUAUCUUAAAUGAGAGAAGGCUAUGGAUGUGUCUUGAAGUUCUAUUGCCUCUCAAAUUCAUCCCUUGAGUUAAGGUGUUGUGUGAAAUUCUGAUGGCUGAUCAGCAGGGUGAUGUGCAAAUGACUACGACUGCGGGUACUGGUUCGAGAAGAAGCUCUACGGGAUGGAUAAGUUCUUCAAAUAGCGGAGAAAAAUUUGUGCCUCAUUAUCGAAGAAUAUCUACUGGUUCCUGUCAUGAUUUCUGCAAAUAUGGGAAAAACCAUACUUUUGAAACCAAGUCGAGACAACCAAUGACUAUGACAAGAAAAUCACUGGACGGUGGACGUUCGGUGGAUAGUGUGGUACUUCGUGAGAGAAAGAAAACAGGUGGAGGUUCGGGAGAUAGUGUGGUGAUUCCUGAGAGAAAGAAAACGAUUAUGACUGAAAGGUCGAAGCAUAUGACAAGAAAAUCACUGGAUGAUGGAAGUUCGGUUGACAGUAUGGUACUCCCUGAGAGAAAGAAAACAACUUCACCUCGAAUGUUGAAAAAUGUGGCAAGAAUAUCGCUCGAUGGUGAAAGUUCGGUGAAAACAACUUCACCUCGAAUGUCGAAAAAUGUGGCAAGAAAAUCACUCGAUGGUGGAAGUUCGGUAGAUGGUGUGGUACUUCUUGAGAGAAAGAAAACAACUUCAACUCGAAUGUCAAAAAAUGUGGCAAGAAUAUCACUCGAUGGAGGAAGUUCGGUAGAUGGUGUGGUACUUCUUGAGAGAAAGAAAACAGCUUCACCUCGGAUGUCGAAAAAUGUGGGAAGAAGUUCGAUAGAUGGUGUGGUACUUCUUGAGAGAAAGAAAACAAUUUCAACUCGAAUGUCGAAAAAUGUGGCAAGGAUAUCACUUGAUAGUGGAAGUUCGGUCAAUAGAACGAUACUUCCUGAGAGAAAGAAAACAGCUUCAACUCGGACGAAGGCUGAACUUUCAUCAACUUCCAGAAUGUCUGGAGCUAAUGUGACCACCUUGACAAGGCCUAGUCCAGUGCAGAGAGAAGUCCUGAAUGAACGAAAGAAGAAAUUGUUGGCUGAGCCGAAAGCCUUAGCCAAGUCGAGAUCACAUACUGCAAACACGCUGAAAAACUCGAAGCCUGAAACGUCUACAGCUACUAGAAAUCCAGAAGACUCUGCAGUUCUUGCAAAAACCAAGGAGAGAAAGUUACCUGAAAAGACUGAAAAUUUUGUGAAAUUGAAGUCUAUCAAAGUAAAUCCAUUGAGAUCUGCAGUGUCUACGGACGGUUCGCGAAGAACAAAUGGUUCGAAAAUGGUAAAAAAUUUGGGGACCUCCAAAGUAGCUGCAAAGAGAGUGGUGGCAACCUCAUCAGGCUCAUUUUCCUCAAAUUCUAUCUAUGGAAAUGCAAACUUAAGUGCAAGAAAGCGUGUUAGCUUGAAAGGCGGUCUGCAUAAAACUCAUAACAAGAACAAACUAUCUGACCAUCAACAAGUCCAGAGUGAAGAGGUCGACAAGAAAACCUUCCGAAGUGAAGAGGUUCGAGGAGAAACGUUCCAAGGAGAAACCUUCCGGAGUGUAGAGGUCCAAGAGAAGACCUUGUAUGUCAUCAAGGUAGAAAAUGAGGAGAUGCCUCAUCAAACUGAUGGUCAAAAUGAAACUUUUGAUAACGUGGAACCAUUGCCAUCGUCACCGCCUAAUUCGCUAUCACCGCCAUCAGCUCAGUAUAUUUUGGCUAAGGUAAAAGAUCAAGAUGUAUCUGAAUACACAGAGAGUGAAACAGAGAAUGACUCUUUCUCUGAAAGCAAUGAAUAUGGCAGCAUGGAAACAGAUAAUGCUUCAAGUGAAGAAGGUGGUCAAAAUGCAAGAUACCAAAAUCCUCGGAUGUUGCAUAAUAAAGAAGAGGAUCCCCAAUCUACAAAACUAAGUUUCAGGAGAGGGAAAAUCAUUGACAUCCCUUCCAAGAGUAACAGUCCGAGGAGGCUUAAAUUUAGGCGUGGAAGGCUGUUGGGGGAGAGCCGAAGGGAUGCAGAUGGCCUAAGGAAGAACUUCAAGAUGGGAACAGAAGUCGACGGGGACACAGCAAUGGCUCAAGAAAUAGUUGUUCUGAGGCACCAAGAUGUGCAGCAGAGAAAAGAUGCACAGGGACUGUUUAACAAUGUCAUUGAAGAAACCGCAAGUAAACUGGUCGAAACUCGAAAGAGCAAGGUUAAGGCCUUGGUUGGUGCAUUUGAAACAGUGAUCUCCCUGCAAGAUGGAAGACUUUCUCCAGAGUAUUGACACUUAGACUUAUGAAUCUCUAAUUGUCUGCGUAGAGUGAAAGAGGUAUGGAGUUGGUGUGUUAACGCUGCAGAAUAGGUAUAGAUUUCUCUUUUUAAUGAUAGGAAGAUUAUUCUGUACACAGUUAGAUAGGAAGUAUUGUUUUAGGAAGAUUAUUCUGCUCCCUAA